AUGAGAAGAGCAAAAAAUGGGAGACUCAAUCGCGAUAUUUUGGAAGUACGGGGUCUUGACGGUGUCUAUCUGCCUUUGUGCCUAACUUCAGCAAGACAAGAAUAUGUUGAACACAUCUGCACUUCGUCGGGCAGUUAUCUGGCCUCUUACGAGUCUAUCGCAAUCUCUUCACCCGGCAGCUAUGCGAUAGCCUGUGUUGGCGGUGCAAAUUGUUUUCCUUACCUCAAUAAUUACUGUAAACGAGGAGUGGCGGCUAGAUGCAGCAAAGAUUAUGUAGAUAAACGUAAAAUAUACUUCACAUCGGGUUAUAGAGGAGGAUCUCAGUGGUUAUGGGAGGAUGACACACCAAUAGACUUUCCUGUUUAUGGCCACGGAAGAUGCUUAGCUGUUGUUGGUGGCGAGUUCCGUGCCGUCGAAUGUGAAUCACCCGGUAUUGCACUGUGCGAAGUGCCACGAGAAUGUAUUUAUCAUGAAGAAUAUUAUGGGAGGAAGAAUACUACCAAGGAUGGAUUGCCAUGCAUGAAAUGGAAUGAUCCAUCUGUCUUGUAUUAUGGUGAUGCUAUAGCUGGUCAAGCCACAUGGAACCAUAAUUUCUGCAGAAUGCUGGAAGACGAAGACACUCCAAGCUGUUUUUCAUCGCCUACGAUACGAAAUCCAUGUAUGAUUCCAGACUGUCCCGAUUCAUCUAGCAGACUUGAGCUAAAAGCUGACCUAUCUUCAAAAUGUGGACCAGCGUUCUUUGCUUGCCGAGACUCGGGCAAAUGUUUACCGGACGAUUUUCGCUGCGAUUUUGAACCCGACUGCAGUGAUGCCAGUGAUGAGGAAGACUGUGAAGAUUACCUCAAGAACUUUGAGUUGGUUGGAACACUAAAAAUCGCAGAUAAAAUCACAGAAAUCUGGACAUACAUACCACAUGUGCAAGGGGUAUAG